UACGCGAAGCGUUUGGCAGCGGCUCGAAGGUCGGCCCGGAAAACUUAGGUGUUGUUUGUUGUUGUUGUUUUGUUUAGUUUCAAAUUGCCAGUCAACACUACUUUACUUGAGCCAACUUCUGUUUUCUAGCCACGUAAACAAAAGUGUAAGUUUACUUUUAAUUGCUUCGUAUUAAAUAUAGGCAAUGCCCGCACUAUGUAUUAGGAAAAAAAUCAGAGCUGGAAGGUGAAGUACUGUCUCCCAGUUUCCCAAUUUCCCUUUCCCGGGUAAACCAUUGGUACCAGCUGUGUACUUGUGAAUCCUUCCAGAGACAGUCCUUACACACACACAUAAUGCAACAUAUAAACAUUAACAAAAGAAACAUUAAUAAUUCUCCGUGUCGCAAGGAUUAUUAUUAUGUUAGAGAGAAAGGAACCGAAGCACAGAGAAAGGUUGAGAACACGAGGUACCUGAAAAAUCUCGAUUUGGAACGCCAUUCUUUCCUCUAGGGGUUCUCAAACUUUUCAGUCUCAAAGUUUACAUUCCUAAGAAUUUUUGAGGAUCCUGAAGAGCUUUUGUGUGUGUGGAUUAUAUCUGUUUAUAAUUGCUAUAUUAGAAAUUAAAACUGAGAAUUUUUUAAAUGUUCAUUAGUUUAUAAAAUAAUGUCAUUACAUGUUAACAUGACAUGUUUAUUUAAAAAAUUCUAUUUUCCAAAACAAAAAGAAAUCACUGAGAAGCGUGGCAUUGUUUUACUUUUUGGCAAACAUUUGAAUGUGUGUUCCAUAGAAGUCAGCUGGAGCCUCACAUCUGUUUCUGUACUCAGACUGUUGUGAUGUAUUAUUUUGAUUCAAGUCUGUGAAGGAAACCCAGACUCCUACAAGUAUGUCCUUAAAAAGAGGAAACUUCACAGAACCUUGGAAGGGGUCUCAGGGACCCCCAAAAUUCCAGACCACUCUUUGAGGACUGUUGCUCUAGGCAGCAUUGUCUCUACCCGCAACAUAUCCAAGAUGGAAUUGAAAAGAGAAUCAUGACUACCAUCAAAUAUCUACCAUCAUUCCCAUUUUGCGAAUAAGGAAAUUGAAGCUACAAGAUAUUAAGUGUUUAGCCAGAGUAAAACGGCUACUACCUCACUACUGAGAGAGCCAAACAGUUGCUUAGUAAAGAUGGAAACAAACAAACUUACAUAGUGGAGCAAAUACUGUGAUUGGUGGUCAGGUUGGGCCAGAGCAUGACAUGGAACCAAUUUUGUGGUGAGUGUCCAAGAAUUCAGGAAGAAGAACCUUUGACGGUCCCCAGGGCUGAAGGGGAUUGAGCUCAACCUUGGAAGUUCUAUGGCUUUGCAUAUGUCAAGAAAGGAGGCACUUUCCAGGGGAAAGAAAAGGCACAGGCCCCCUUGUGAGCAGCAGACCGGCCUGGUGGCCGGCAGCAGGACCCCCUCGCCUGCAUGCUGAAGAAGAUGGGUGAGGCCGUGGCCAGAGUUGCAAGGAAGGUCAACGAGACCGUGGAGAGCGGCUCUGAUACCCUGGAUCUGGCCGAGUGCAAGCUGGUUGCUUUCCCCAUUGGCCUCUACAAGGUCCUGCGGAAUGUCACCGACCAGAUCCAGCUCAUCACGCUGGCCAACAACGAGCUCAAGUCCCUCACCAGCAAGUUUAUGACCACGUUCUGUCAGCUCCGAGAGCUCCACCUGGAAGGGAACUUCCUGCACCGGCUCCCCAACGAGGUCAGUACCCUGCAGCACCUCAAGGCCAUCGACCUCUCCCGGAACCAGUUCCGUGACUUCCCCGAGCAGCUCACUACCCUGCCAGCUCUAGAGACCAUCAACCUGGAGGAGAACAACAUCGUGGACGUACCCGUGGAGAAGCUGGCCGCCAUGUCCGCCUUGCGCCGCGUCAAUCUCCGCUUCAACCCGCUGAACGCUGAGGUGCGCGCCAUCGCUCCGCCACUCAUCAAGUUUGACAUGCUCGUGUCUCCUGAGGGCGCACGGCCCCCUCCACCUUAGGCCUCCCUCCUCGUGCCCACCCAGCAAGGGACAGAGGCCACCUGGCCUGGCACCCUGAGGGGAGGGAGUCCCACAGACCCGUGGGAGGCCGAGCCUGGGGGGCUGGGGGCGGGUGGGCCAAAGAGCACGUGGUGGGAGGGGGUGCAGCCGGCCCCGGAUAGAUAGCUUAGAGCAGUAGCGGGCCCUGGAAUGCCCAGACGGAGGAGGUGAGGUGGGGCUGGAGCCUGGCCGCUCACAGCUUCUGUGCACACUUGGACAGGACCCCCACCCUCUCUGAGCCUUGUUACUUGGGGAAACGGGCAGUGGCGGAGAGGGCCUUUGCCUCCUCUGAGCUCUUUGGAGGCUUUUCGGGCAACGGAUGCCUUCAAGUCACCUUCAAAUCAUCGGGCACCUUCUGAGCCCACAGAUGGCCAUCGCCGAGCGCUUUCUGGGUCCCUGUGGGUUUGAGACCUUGUUUCUGGUGUUGAGAACCAGCCUCUGCCCUGAGAGGACUAGAAGACAACCUCCAUCCGUUUAUCGUUUCCCGAGGACUGACCCACAUGAGGCCCCCUCUGGGGCCCUAUCCUCCGCCCUGUGGGUCUCUGGAUUGGCAGGAGCCUGAACCGGGAGACACGGGAAAGCCGUGGCCAAAAUGUGGUCGUGUGCUCUGGCCAGAGCUGAGAACGUGUAUAUAGGAGCCCAGUGGCCCAUCGGGCCAGGAACCAGGAGGAGCAAAUCAGGUCUGCCCUGUCCUUCCUCGUGAUUAAGCAAUCAGUGGCGUAGGAAGUUCUGAGGACAGACCAGGUGAGCCUGGCAUCACCCCUUGAGCCCCAGGAGAGGUGACUUGAGAGAAACAAAGCCAAUUGUGCCUGUGGCUCUGGUACAAGGUAGUUGGCUCUGGUGUCUCCCUCUGGCAGCAGCCCCACUGCCUCACCAUUGGUCCACCGGGGGGCAGAAGGCUCUAUGGACCAUUGGAUUUGUGGCUGGCCAGCUCCCAAGCUCCCGCCCAAAGCCCGAUGACCUAGUCAUUCCUGGACCCUCCACCUGGAGUCUAGGAUGUGGCCAGGCCACAGGGCUAUCUACCACCCCUGUCUGCCCAGGACUGAGGGGUUUCCUGGGACACGGGAUGUCAGUGCUACCACGGGGACAGUACCUGGCAAACAGGGACAACUGGCUUCCUACCAGGAGAGGGCCUGGGGCUCUUGAUUUCUGAUAGCAUCUGUGGUUUGGAGAAUCCCUGAUCUCUCAAUCCCCCAGGUAUCUAGCUCCCGUCUACUCAUCCGUGGAGCAGGCAGACUCACAGUCCACAGCCCAUCUGGCCCAGACCUUCGUCUUGGUCGGGAGACACCCAAGGCUGCAGGACUUGGGGCAGGCCAGGCCACCAAACCCUACAUCCAUGCACUGGUAGCCACUCUUCCACCCCCAGGGCUAAGCCACUCCCAGCCCAGACCUUCAUUCUCAGACUGCUGUGUUCCUUCCCCCCUGCCCAGGCCCCCUGUCUCUUGGCAAGGACUGUUGACCACCACUGUUGGCCCAUCACUGAGCACUCAGUGUCCCGGGAGAUGCUCAUCUCAUAAGGCCUGGCUUUCCAAGCUCUGGGAAAGGGGUUUGCAGGGCGAGGAGGAGGUCAGGGUGGGAUUUUCGGGGCUGCAGGGUCCGCUGUGGAUGAGCGAGAACUGUGGUCCAGGCCUUACCCGCCCUGUGCCCUGGGGUGGGCUUACUCCUUGUCAAAGAGGAGGUGCACUUUUCUGAUACGCACAAAGGCGCUGUAUGGCCAGAGCCUUGCAACUCAAAGUGUGGUCUGUGGACCAGCAGCACUGGCAUCCAUGGGAACUUGUUAGAAAUGCAGAAUCUCAGGCCCCACCCCAGAACUCCAGAAUCAGCACCUGCAUUCAACAAGAGCCCUAGGUGAUUCCUGUAAGCACUUUACUGUUUGAGAAGUAACGGCCUAGGGGUGGCCCUGGGGCUGAGGUUCUCAGCCCUCCCCCUGCUACUCCAAGCCUCUGAGUCUGUGCUCACCCCCCUCCCUAAACUAGCUCUGGGAGACCCCGGGCCUUAGAUCUUUUCAGAGUGUGUGUGACUCUCCCUGUGAAGGGAAUGACCUGAAGUCACCAAGAUAUGAGGGUUGGGCUUGCAUGGCCCUCUGGACACUGCCUUUCUGGUUAACCUCUGCAGAGCUAGCUCCUGCUUCUAGGUCCUCACAUCAGGCCCGUUGCAGGAGUUGCUUCUGGAAGUUCUUUUGUACUCCUCUUGGAGAGUUUGCCCUCGCCUGUCUGGGAAAGCUUGAGCAGUCAGAGAAACCCCCUAGUCACAGCCCCCAGUGUGAAUGAGCCCUUAGCUUCAGUCUGCAAUAAAGAAUGCAUUGGUUUCAUCUGCC